UUUCAGGUAUUUAGUAUUCUUCUCGCCACGUGUUACGCAAAUAACGAACCGGAAAGUUAUUCUUUUUAUCGAUUUAGUGGACCAGUAAGUGGUAAAGUUCAGGAAAUCCAAGUACCAUCACAGUACAAAGGAGUAGCGGUAGACUAUGUGGCAAAACCCGAUUACUCCUACAACUAUGAAGUUCAAGAUCCAGCGAUAGGGAAUCAACAAAAACGAAAAGAGUCACGAGAUGGAGACGCUGUACAGGGCGAAUAUAGUUUCCUACAAGCCGAUGGCGUAACUAGAGUUGUCCGAUAUGUUGCCGAUCCUGUAAAUGGUUUCAAAGCUACCGUUGAAUAUGUUUAAUAACUCGUUAAAGACUUGUUAGAUCUCAAAAAUAGUACUGAUUCUAAUUUGUGAUAAUCACUCAAAUCAUACGUUUUCAAUGUUCACAACGUUUUAAGCUUUUUACUUGUUUUAAAAUUUAGUGAAUCAUAAUGAAAA